AUGGGCGUCAUAAAAUAUACCAUCGAACGGGGCAGUGGCGACUUCCUUACUAAAAAUGACGUGUACGAGAAUCACAUGAAACUGUCGCAGACAAACGCUGGAAAGACACUAGGUAUGGACUUGAUUAAGAAGAUGGAAGAUGAUUAUCGACAACAGGUGGAGGAGCUUCGCCAGCUUCAAGAAAGCACAGAAGAGCAUGAGAGGGAACUUUCGCGCAUGAGGGAGAAGCUCGAGAUAACUAGCCGGGAGAUGAUUGAACGGAUGAACCGAGAGCUUGCGGUCAGGGAGAAGAAGCUUAGGAAUGAGAUGCAGCGGCGGCAGCGCGAGCAGGAAGAGGCAUACGCCUGGAGAGAAAAGCAACUCCGUCAAGAGAGAGAGAGGUUAGAUGAUGAUGAUUCCGAUAAUGAUGGUUCCGACGAUGAUGAUUAUGAUUCUUCUUCUUCUUCUUCUUCUUCUGAUGAUGAUGAUGAUGAUGAUGAUUUCAAUAUGGAAUUGGCUCGUCUUCCGUAUCACUCCAACGGAAGAAGGACCGUACGCAGAGGCGAUGACCGCAGGCGUGCUACAGUCGGAAUACCGUACGAAUAA